GACUGCACAGGGUAAGAACUCACAGGUGUUAAACAUUUCACUGAAUGUAGGUUUUGCUUUAAAAUAUAUUUUUUAUUUCAGGUCGAAAUACCACAUCAUCUGGAAAGAUAAAGGCUGCAAUUCUUCGCAGCAACAUUGACACCAGAAGAAAAAAUACAAGAGUCAUGUCUGCCAAUUCAUCUUCAGUGAAUUUUUUUAUACUGGCGACCCUGGGCUUACCUCCAACCCACAUUUAUCCAGCAUUUAUAUUUGGAACACUUACCUAUUUCAUUAUUGUAUUCUGCAAUUCACUGGUUGUAUUGACAAUUGCAGUGAGUAAAAGGCUACAUAGACCUAUGUUUCUUCUGCUUAUUAAUCUGCCCAUUAGUGACAUUCUCGGCGCAUCAGGUUUUUUCCCUCAGCUUGUUUUCAGCAUUUUGACACAGAACAGAAUUAUCUCCAGUUCUGCAUGUAUAACUCAAGCUUUUCUCAUCCAUCUGUAUGGUGCUGGAAACCUUCUGAUAUUAAGUGUCAUGGCAUAUGAUAGAUACAUUGCAAUAUGCAAUCCACUUAAAUAUAAUACUAUCAUGACUUCAAAUUUUGUUAUCAGAAUAAUCUCUCUUAUAUGGCUUUUAGAUUUCGUAGUUAUUACCUUACUGUUUGCUUUAACUUUACGGUUUAACAUUUGUAGGACAGAUAUUGAAGAUCUGUAUUGUAACAAUCCAUCAUUUCAAAAAUUGUCCUGCGGGGACAACCGUGUAAGCAACUAUUAUGGAAUAUUCAUAACAUGCAUGCUUAAUGGAGGUUCAUUGUUAAUAAUAGCUUACACAUAUGCACAGAUUUUGCGUACAUGCGUUAUGAAUAAUAACACUGACAGCAGGAAAAAAGCAUUUCAAACAUGUGGAACCCAUUUAGUCGUUUUUUUAGUCCUGCAAAUUAAUAGUGCCUUUACAAUCAUCUCUCAUCGCUUUCAGAACGUGUCCCCUUUUCUGAGAAGGGCUUGUGGGGUGUCUAUUCUGAUCUUUCCACCAUUAUUGGACCCAAUAAUAUAUGGACUUAAAACCAAAGAACUAAAGAAAAGUAUAAUAAAAUUUCUUAAAAGGCAAGUGGGACCAACAAAGUAGCUUUCCUUUUUUUGUGUGGAUUUUAUUAUCAAAGGGAGUUUGUAACUUCUGUGACACCUAUUUUAUUUUUAUUGAUUGUUUGGAAAUACAUUUAGAUAAUUAUGCCAGUGCUUAGAAUUGAUCGUCACAUAAUUUUCUUUUCUUUUUUCAUUAUUUUAAUGCUCCUCAGGACUUGUGUUCCCAUUGCAUAACCUACUGAAGAGUUUCUGAAGAGUAAAUGAGACUAAAUUAGACUGUUGGU